GCCUCGUCUAGCUCGUACGAACGCGUGCUUUUGGUCGCGUUCACGUAUUUGUCUGUGCUCGUCCCUGCUGCACCUCGUCCCUGCCGCAGCGAUCUGCACGCGUGGCAGCGAUGCGGCUGCUGCACUGCUUUGCACUGGCAAGUUGCACUGACGCGCUCGCACCCACGACGUCGACGACGCGGCGGAAACUGCAUUUGUCGCUGGCGGACGCAAAGAGCUGCACUGACGCACCCACGACGUCGACGACGCGUCGGCGACUGCUCUUAUCGACCGCAACGCUCGCACCCACCAGCGCGCUAGCUGCGGACACGCCUGCCGAGUCGGUGCGAAAGGCGGCUUCGAACAUACCCGGGCUCGGCCCACCGGACGUACUGUUUCCAGCCGCCGCGUUCAAGGGGCGAUGGAAGGUGCAACGGACGGUCGCCGCUCGCACUGGAGCUGUAAGCCUGCUGGCGUCGUCUCCGGAAGCCGAGUCCUACGAGACGCGAUUCCUGGACUACGGCGACGGCGAGCAUGUCGUGAUAGAUCGCGCGUUCGAGGCCGAGUCGCGCGCGCGAGCGGGUGCCUACGGUCCUGGCUUCGAGGCUGCGAAGGCGAGGUGGGAGCCCUCCAACCCAAAUGUUUGCACGCUUGAGUCCGCGACGGGCGCGCUGCUUGAGCUGAAAGUCACGAAGCGCAGCUUCGAGUCUCCCGGGCCCGGCGGCUUCGGGUCUUCUGAAUAUUCAAGGGUCGCCGUCGCCCAGGGAGGCGUCGCGGCCGUGCCGCAGAUUCUAGCCAGGCGCCUCCAGACGCGCUACCGCUUUGACGACAACGCGUCCAUGAUCGAGGCGCUGGAGAUCCAGAACGUCUACGACCCCCAGGCGACGGGCUUCGCGGACCUGAACGGCGCGCAGCCCGUGGCCACGGUCAAGUCGAGGCUGACGCUCAGUCGCUAAUGUCACAUGUUGUGUUCUUAC